GCGAGAUUUGUUGACAAGUUUGAACAAAAAAUGUGUAUUGGUUGUCAUCAAUUAAAGCUCAUUUUAAUCUGAGUGGCACAAUGAAUUUGAGUUUCCCAGGAAGCUCCUCCCAGAAGGGGCGCCCGCCGCCAUCCCCAGGAGCCCAGAUGCCCCGCCUCGUCCAGGAAACAGAGCUGCAGAAACUGCUUGCUGAUGAAAAGAUGAGGAGUCAGAUGCAUAAAACAAACUACGAAAAGCUAAAAGAUGAACACAAGAAUCUUCAAGAUGAGUACAGUGCCUUGGAGGAGGAAAUACGGCGAACCGUAGAAGAGAGUCGAAUCGUGCAAGAGAAAUACCGCAGCAUGUACGAGGACAGCAGGCGGGAACUGGCUGAAAAACUACAGCUGCUGGAGGAGAGUAGGAACAAGAUGGUUACCCCACAGAAACUUGAGGUGCUUCAGUUGGAGAUAGGGGAGGAAAUCGAUCGAGGAUAUCGAGAAAAGUUCUCCCGACAAGAAUCUGAGCUUGAUGAGCUCCGGGGCGUGUGUAGUAAGCUCAAACAUGAGCUCUGUUUCCUCAAGUCCGAGUACGAACAUGAGCAAAAUGAGAGUCGACAGAUUGUGGGAGAGCUCAAGUUACAACAUGAUGCUGAGGUAGAAAACCUGCGAAAGGAGCGUGAGUCUACGUUACAGAAAAUACAGACCGAGGGUAGCCAAGACUCGCAGCGUGUACGGGUACUACAACGAGAGAACGCGCAGCUCCACCUUCGUAUCAAAGGUCUUAUGACAGAGAUGGACGAAGUACGAGCCCAGCGGGAGAAAGUCGGGCAUGAGUCUGAGAGCCUUGUGCGCAUUCAGGGCAAGCAGAUCUCUGAACAGCAGGCUAUUAUCAAGUCCCUUGAGGCUGAGCGUGAGUCGCUACGACGCCAGUUGGAAUCCCUGACAAGCGAAGUAACUGGCUCGGCAGACACCCACAACAAACUGUCGGUCCGUAUACACGAACUGGAGAAGGAGAGCAUGGUCUACAAAAAUCGCGCCGAGGAGGUCGCCCACAAGUCACGCGUUGACCUAACUAAUCUCAAAAUGGAUAUGCUCAAACAACGAGGCGAAUUGGAGCGUGAGAGGGACAAACUCUCGAAUAUCCUCGAUGAUAUGCAAGUGAAAAUAGAUAUUGCUCAGCACACAAUACAACAGCACGAGAUCGCGCUGGUAGAGAAGGAAAGGGACUGUGUACGACGGAUACAUGCCGCCAGGCAGGAGGAAUUCGAUAAGAUGGCCAAGAUUGAGAACGAAAAACUUGAGCUGGAAACUAAAAUUCAGGAGGGAGAAAGACGGAAACUAGACGAAGACUCCACCAGACAGGCAGAGCGUGAACGUCAAGAUGAGCGGAUCAACGGCGCAUACGAAGCGAGGGACGCUGCAGAGAAGGAACUUUUAGUCAUACAGUCCAAGUUGUCCCAUCAGCAGUCGUUGUUGGACCAGUUGGAACGGGAACGCACGGAGAACUCGGAGCUGAAAAGCAAGGUUGCAAGAUUAGAGGCUGACCUGGCAAACUACACAGGGGCUGAACAUGAUAUGACAGAUGAGAGCAUUCGUCUCCGAAAUCAAGUGGAACUUUUACGAGAGGAACUACGACUGACCAAAGACCAGUAUGGACGUGCGCACGAUAACCACGAACACAUCCUUAGCCAGGCUAAAUCGGCACUUAUCGAAGAGAAAACACGACUAGAGUUACGGGUUCAAGAAUUAGAAGACAAAUUAGCAGACGCCAUGAAGAAAUACUCAAGAGCUGCCUCUAUAUAUAAAAAGUACAAGAGCAAAAGUACCAGGGUGAUAGAAAACCUCAAAUACAAGGCUCAGGUGCUGGAUGGCAAACGAGAGGAACUGGAACUGGAAAAACAAGCACUCCAGUCAUGCGUUCCCCAGAACACUUACAACUCCCUGAAAAAGCAACUGAAGGACCUUCACCGGCGACACACAGAGUUUAAGCGCGUUCUUCUGUCCUCAGGCGUCCAACAGGUCAACAUCGGAGACAUGUCUUUUGCCUCAAUAAACCUUGAUGCCACACUUCUGCCCAACUAUAGUUUCAACGAACAGGAGCGACGUCACCAAGAAGACUUGAAAUUACUACGGCAGCGCCUAGAUCUUCUUGAUGAUAACCAACAACAACAGCUAGGGGAGUUUGCGGAGAUCGCCACCUCAACAGUACGCAGCACGUCACAUCGGUUCGAGGAAUCAGUUGGGGAAAAAAUCGACAUCGAAAAAGCUAUCUCCCCCACCCCCUCCUAGCCUCAAACCUCAGAGGUUUUGGGAUUAGGAUGUCAGAUAUGGGGUGCUUUGUGUUGGUUUUGGUGGGGGUGGGGUGCGAACGGGU